CUUCCUCCUCAGUCCUCACUCCCGUCCCGAUCCCCUUUUCCCGUCUCCCAAACCCUACCACAAAUCGAGCCAUGGCGGCAUAGAUCGAUCGAGUGAGAACACUCCGUCAAUGUCGAUCGGCAUGGAACCACCGGCUGGCCACCUCGCCGCAGAAUCCUCCCCUCCUGUGACUGUGAUGAGCCGGCGGCGCUCUGUGGAUGGGCUCCUCCUCCUCCCCAGGCCAUACCGAGUCUGCUCCUGUCCGGUUAGUGCUCCUUCUCCCCCCCUUCCCGGAACCGGAGCACAUCUCGGAGAAGCAAAGAGGUUCCAUCUUUCCUCCGCAAACAACAGCAAAAAGUCGGAAUCUUUUCCGGAGUUGAUCCAUAUUCUGAUUCCACAAGCCCCAGGCAAUCAACCUCUGUUGAUUUCCUUUGCCUACUCGGAUCUGCCUCACCUAUUCGAAUCAGGGGUGAAGCAGCCUCGAUUGGUCACCUAUAAAUAUAAAUAUAGCCACAAGUCUCUUCCUGCUCCACCCAAGUUGCUAUUUUGCAAGCAUUGCAGCAGAAGCAGUUCGUCUUCCAUGACAUACUAUAAUCCCAUGGAAGACCCUAGUAGUGUAGACACGAUAUUCAACUUCUGGGGGCUCCCUAUACACACCACGAAUUUGGAUUUGCGCUCCCUGGUCUUCCGAGUUUUACCUCAGCUGCUGGGUCUCUCUCCUCCCAGCUCAAUGAAUAUUCUCAAGACACCACCACUACUGAUAGAGGCUACACUCCCGGAGCUACCAGAGGACAUCUUGAUGCGCAUCUUUGCCACCCUUGAGAUCCCUGACCUCAUACGUGCCGGCGCUGUCUGCACCUUUUGGCGCUCUGCCUACACCUCCCUGCGCACACUCGGCAAGCACAAGCAGCCCCAGACUCCCUGUCUGUUCUACACCGCUGAAUCUUCUAGCGAGAAUGUUGCGUGUCUCUACAGCCUCGUGGAGAAGAGGGUUUACAGGCUAACUCUCCCGGAGCCGCCUCUCCACACUAGGUUUUUGAUCGGGUCCUCUCUUGGCUUGCUGGUCACCGUCGAUGAGAGAUCUGAAAUGCACCUCGUCAAUCCGAUCACUGGUCAACAGAUUGCUCUCCCUUCAGUGACCACGAUGCAGCACGUGAAGCCCAUUUGUGAUGACUCGGGUGCUGUCCACAAGUAUGCAUACUCAAAGCACACGGCAAAGAAAGUUAUCUACCCUCCAAAGGUAAUUGCUCCAGCUGCCCUGCGGGAAGUCUUCCAUCAGAAGGCUCUUUUGUUUUAUGAUACACCCACAGGGAGCUACAUAGUGGUGCUCAUCCACAUGCCGUUUGGUCAGCUAUCCUUUGCAAGGGUAGGGGACGACAAGUGGACCUGGCUGCCACCUCACACUGAUUAUUUUGACUGCACCUACAAGGAUGGGCUACUGUAUGCAGCGACUCUAUUGGGAGAAGUUCACACCUUUGAUCUUAGUGGGCCUGCUGUUACAAUGAACACUAUUAUGGGUGUGGAUGAUGACGAUUUAGAAAUUCAGGGAGCAUACAUUCUUGAAGCUCCAUGGGGUAGUUUGCUGCUUGUUUGGAGAUUGAAAGUGUAUAGUGGUAAUCAGAAUGAUAUUUCAGCACUUACACUGCACACCAAAGGAAUUAAAAUACAUGAGGUUGAUGUUGCUGCCAAGAAGCUUGUGGAAAUUGAUUGCCUGCACGGCCAUGUGCUGUUUCUUGGUCAUAACCAGUCACUCUGUCUCAGCACUAAAGAAUGCCCUGCUCUCAAGGAAAAUCGUGUCUACUUUACUGACGAUAAUGAGUACAUAGCUGUACAUAAGGAUAAUCGUCGUGAUAUAGGACUACUUCGCUUGGAUAAUAAUAGCUGGGAAAGCCUUGUGUUUCCUCAGCUUUGGUCCAACUGGCCUGCUCCUGUGUGGAUUACACCCAAUAUUACAAUGAUGAAACUGUCGUUGAAUAAUUAGGGCGGGUUCAAGAAGGCUUAAUAAGUCGCUCGCCUAGGCGCAUGUAGGCGAGCUGGAGUGCGACGGCAUUGCGUAGGCCCUAAGCCGCGAAGGACUAUGUCCAGGAGGAGAAGGUUGCUUUCCAACGACACGAAGACAAAGGGUUGGUGAUUCAGGAAGCCGUGUGAUGGGAUCAUGUUGUCAAGUUAUCAGUUAUCAAGUGUUUAAGUUUCAUGAACGUGUCUUCUGUCUAUUAUGUGUGGUACUCUGUAACUUGUGCUGAUGUGUGUGUGACUGUGUCUCAUUUAUGACUUUUGAGAGUGUAACAUCCCAAAUUUUCAAUUUGGUAUGUUAUACAUAGAUCAUCAUUGCA